AUGAUUCGGACGAACUUGUUAUUAUUUGUCUUCGGUUCUUCUGUGUUCAGUUAUACUCCUGUAAUACAGCCGGGAACGACGCACACCUGCCGCCGUACAGCCGGGAUACCACAUCCUCAGCAGCAGCAAUUACCUGAUUAUAAGUGGCCUCAACAGGUGCACCGCGCGCAGGUUUGGUUCGUUUGGCACAUGCGCACAACAACGCAGUCCGUCCAAACACAUCGCUGCGUUCCGCGCCAGCGUUACGCGCGUCACGUCUGUUUAGCUUUGACACAGGUGUUUCUACCUGUUCCUCGUGGGGUGGAUUGGAAGGUCGGAAAGUAUUGGAACGAGGCCAAAAAAACUCCGACCGGAAACGUGUCACACCUGAGGGCGGUGCCCAGGUGGGUUGGGAACGGCGAAGAAGGUGUUGGUCAGGAAGAGGCUCACCUGUCCGGAAGUCUGAAGCGCGUCUCUGCAGCGAGUCUCCAUCAAGCUGAACGGUCCUGGUUGGCGAUGGCCCUGUGUGAAGGUCUCUCCCACUGCAAACUGGCUCUGGCCUUCGCCGUGUUGAUGGACUUGCUGGGAGGAGCCGCUCUGCUGGUGGGGGUCUUCGCCCCGCUGGAGGUCGGAGGACAGGACUUUGGAGACUUACUGGUCUAUACUGGGGCCCUGUUGGUCCUGAUGUCUCUGGCUGGGUGGGUGCUGUGGUACAGCGGGAACAUCGAUGGCCUCACGCCCAAGAAGGAGCUGGGACACAUCAGCAGCGCCGUCGACCGGCUGGCUCGCAACCUCAGCCGCAAGAUCCGCACAUACAGGAGCCACCGCUGAGCCGGCCCGGAAGGCGCCCGGAAGGCUCCCGGAAGGCGUCCGGAGGCCAUUGUGAAAGUGUGCCGCUGCCUCCGUUUGUCAGUAUUAACACGAGACACACACACACCGACUUGACCUCUUAGUGUCACUUCUGCUGCUGAAAUACACUGAACAGUUGGCAGCAUGAAUCAUUUCUGUUAUAAUUGCUGUUCUGUUACGUAGUCGUCCUGUUGAUGUUUCAUUACGAUUAGUGUUUUAUUUUUUAUUUUUUACAGUGUUUUAGAUGAACUAAAGCAGUGGUCUCAUGUUGGAUUUCAAUAAAAGAUGGUUUAUACAUCAA